CUGGUCCCCCGGCCGCAUCAUCCUCGAGCCAGCACCAAAAGCACCAAACCUCGUCGACUCGAUUUGAUUGACACUCACCACAUAGACCACCGACCGUCUAGAAUCCGCUGCCGUUUUCUUAUCAGCAAACUUUCUCUCCCGCGAACCCCAGCGGAAGCCGUCCAACUCCUCUCCACACCUCGCCUUUCCAAAACCGCGCACAAACAUGUCUCAAUCUGGAGCGACCGUUGCACAGGAGUGCAUAGAGAAGUACAAUGAGCUCAAGCUCGGCAAGAGCCUGAAGUACAUCAUCUUCAAACUGUCCGACGACAACAAGCAGAUUGUUGUCGAGGAGGCUUCUGGUGACAACGACUGGGAGGCUUUCCGCAACAAGCUCAUCAACGCCACUAUCAAGUCGGCAACCGGCGCCGUCAGCAAGGCUCCCCGCUAUGCCAUCUACGACUUCCAGUACAGCCUGUCGUCGGGUGAGGGUGAGAGGAACAAGAUCACUUUCAUCGCCUGGUCCCCCGAUGAUGCCAGCAUCAAGCCCAAGAUGGUCUACGCCUCGUCCAAGGACGCCCUCAAGCGCUCGCUGAACGGCAUCGCCUAUGAGCUGCAAGCCAACGAUGCCGACGAUAUCGAAUAUGACUCGGUCCUCAAGGCGGUUAGCAAGGGGCUGGCCUAAGGUGGCUGUUGCUCCCGUGGGGGCUCUCCAGUCUAUUUUUCCGCUUACCGUUUGCGCCCACCUACCAAGCAAGCCAGGGAAGAGCCAUGGAUGUGGCUCGGGAAGGAGCUGGAGGAUUGUCCAGGUCAAAUGAUUGUCAAGUCGGGAUUAUCAAAGGAUAGAGGAGCGGCUGCGUCGAGUUUCUGAGGAGCCCCCUUGGCUUUGCUGCCUCGAGGGGUACUCAGGUCUCUCCAGCUGCCACACCAGAAACGAUUGUCUUAUGAGUACAUUCGCAAUUCCGAAUGAAUGAGAAAAACGACAGCUUCCUUACCAAGACCGGGCGGUGUCUAGUUUUCUUUUCCUCUGCAGCCUUGAUCUCAAGUCGAACUUGCCAUACGUCCUAUCUUAAGGCAAGGUUUUUGAGCUUUGCUAUUCACCAUAUAAUCUAUCCUUUCCAUGCAUUAAAAUUCAUCGGUAUCAUUAGGGGUCUAUUGAGAUGUCAC